AUGAACCAAAAGUCCAAGAAGGUGCAUGCUACUCCUCAAGUAGAACUAAAAUCAUAGAAUCCCUUAAGAUAAAUACGCAUAGAUACUUACGGUUAGCAAAUCUUGAGAGGAUAAAAAAAUCAUAAAAUUGCAUUCAAAGAACAUAUUAAAACAAUUUACGUGGUUGAGAAUUGGAAAUUGUACAAUCUUGAUCAUGUUGAUAAAGAUGACGAUUCUUGUCCAUGUUAAUUAGUUUGA